CCUCUACAUCCUCCUCCUCCUCCUCCUCCUGCCAGCCUUCUUCUAUCUUCCCCCCUUUCCGCUUCCCUUCGUGUAACUCAACCUCGUUCGCAUCCGCAGAGGUCCCUCGGGUCUUAUUUUCCUUGUCAAUCCUAAUUUCAACCGUUCUUCAAGACAACCGCCAAAAUGGUCAGCCCUCAGAUCACCAACCUGAUCAUCAUGCUCGGCAUGGUGCAGGUCUCGCGCAAGGUCCCCUUCGAUGACCCCAACGUCCUGAACCUGUGCCGCGCCGGCUACAUUGCCAGCAACAUCAUCAUCGCCAUCAUCUACCUCUACGUCCAGGCGCAGAUCAACAAGAAGAAGGAUAUGACCACCCUCAAGUACGUUGAGCCGGCGCCGAUGGGCUCCUCGGAGGAGGGCAAGCUCGUCACGACCACGAUCCACGCCUACGACUCGACCCAGCUCCGCCAGGCCUUCCGCUCCCAGGCCAUGGGUAUCGCCAUGAUGGGCUUCAUGCAUCUCUACAUGAAGUACACCAACCCUCUCCUCAUCCAGUCCAUUAUCCCCCUCAAGAGCGCCCUCGAGAGCAACAUCGUCAAGAUCCACGUCUUUGGUAAGCCCGCCUCGGGCGACCUGAAGCGCCCCUUCGCUGCCCCCGCCGGCUUCAUGCAGGGUCUCCAAAGCGGCCCAGCCCAGAGCGACAAGAAGGCCAUCGAGGCUGCCGAGCGCGCCGGCCGUGGCGGUGCCAAGGAGGAGUAAACGGGCAUCUAUCUCUCUUCUCUCUCGGGUAUGUGAGGGGACGACAACAAAACAGGCCAUUGGUUAUAUCGGAUGCCCCAAAGCGCGUGCUCACGCAGUUGGUUGCAACAAAGUAACACAUCUGAUGCGACGCACAUGCACGCGGCUAGUCUCAGGAUGGGGUGGCAACCACCGCGUAGAUGCUUAGCUCGCCCAAAGAUACAGCUCAUUAAUCUUCACUCCUGCUGUCCGUUGCCCGCUAAUCUCUCUCUCGCCUUCUCAAUCUCUCAUUGUGCCGCUAGUUCCACAUUGUGCCGCGGGCUCCAUUGGCCCCCAUGUGUGUUCCUGGUAGCUUCGCCGCUCCCGCAUUGCCAGACCCGUCCCUCACUUUCUCGGUGUGGCCUGGUCAGUGCCAAAAAAGCACGUGCAUUCGCGACUAAC